AUUAGCUGCCUUUGGGGGAAUUCCAUCGCCUGUAUGUUGUUCAUUCUUCUAUAGUUGUACUCACCGAGAACAGAAUAAAUAUCAUGGCGACUAAAUUUCCUCCCAUUCUUACUCUUCAGGGGGCGCGCGAAGCCGUUAUCGCUGCCACACAUCGUGCCAUAGAGAUUGGGAUCCCUAUGAACAUCGCCAUCGUCGACGCCAAUCUUCACCUACUACUCUUCGAACGCAUGGAGGGUGCAAAAAUUACAAGCAUCGAUAUCGCCAUCAAUAAAGCCUUUACUGCAGCAGGCCACCGUGUUCCGACAUCAGUUUAUAAGGAAGCAGUGUGGCCUGGGGGUGCUGCUUUUGGUAUAUGGAAUAGUAAUGGGGGGAGGUUUACAACAAUCGCAGGAGGCUGUCCCAUUGUGGAUGUACAUGGCAAUGUUCUUGGUGCGAUUGGAUGCAGUACGGGUACGCCAGCAGAAGAUGAAGAUGUAGCUACCAGAGGGAAGGAAGCCAUUGAGAGAGUUGUAAGGAUUGGAUCUAAGGCGAAGCUAUAGUUGCGCCCAUGACCUAUAAGAGACUUCGUCCAUGAAGUACGUUAGUCUUCUUUGCUCAUGCUACCAUGGUGCUAGCCGGACCUUGAGGAAUCGAGAGAGAUAACACCUGUCAAGUGUCU